AUGAAAAACGAAGAGAAUCAUUUUCAAACAUUAAAAAAAAAUAACUUAACAACCUAUUCGAAAUCCUAUUCGAAAGGUCCAUUAGAAAUGUCGAGUGAUGGUUAUGAACUGUUAACGAUUCCACUUGAAGCUGUUAUUGGCUUUAAAAACGUUCUCUCCAAGAAAUCUUCUUCCCAAACAUUAAAAUCUAGCCGAAGUGUUUCGUCCGCAGCCAAGACGAAACCUACACAAUCUAACGUGGAAGAAAUUCGAUACAAAUUCGAAGAAUAUAUUUCUUCAGGUGAAUUAGAAGAAUCCUCACAAAUUUCCCUUCAAAAACUUCAACUUUUGGAUUGGUUUUAUGAUCCAAAAAGGAAAAGAUCAAUAACUGUGAAAAAUCAAGUGGAAUUAUUCACAACAUGUAAUUCGUAUCUGUUCGAUUUGAUUAAACAGAGUGAUGAGUCAGGAUUGAUGAUUCAGGAAGAUCAGAGUGUGGAGUUUCCAUUUCUGUCACAAUUUGAUGUCAUUGUGCAGGAAAAUCAAAAGAUUUUGCCAAUUUUUUCAUCACACAAAUAUUCGAAAGAGUGGUUUUUGAAGAAACAACAAGAAUUGAAAGAGUUUCAACAGAAAAGAUCAUCCACCUCGACAGGAAUUGAUCUAUCGUCUGAAGAUAUUGCCAGGGAUUAUGAGGAAUUUCAAGAUUAUCAAUUGGAUAUUUUGGUUGUAAUGAUUAUCAAUCAAAUGAAAGAUUAUUUCAGUUAUUUCCAUAAUGAAAAUGCAAAAUAUUGUAAAAAAUGGUUGCAAGAUAAUUUGCCAAUUCUACCAAAACACUUGUUUGAAGAUUUAAAGAUCAAACAUGACAGAAUUCAAAAGUUUAAAGAUUUACUUUCGUAUAAGGAACAAGAUAUGGUCUAUAGCACGAUACUUGAUUCAGAUUUUGAAUUUAUUAAGCAUUUAUCUGAAAGUACAUCCGAUUGGAAACUAUUCGAAAAAUCUAAAAUUAACUCAGUUCAUGUCUUUACCUCAAAAGAGAAUUACACGAGUGUUUCUGGCACAAAAACCAUGAAAUAUGUCUAUUAUCAUCCGUACGAUAUUCACAAAGCAAGUAAGGGGUUUCUCUCGUUUGAUUUUGCAGAACAAGAUGGCAUGUUCACUUGUGGAGAAUUUAGAGAUUACAAACAAUUGGAUAUUAACAAUUCAUCCAGAAAGUAUUCAAGUGCAGUUCGUUCAUGUACAAUAGAUCUAGGGAAAUUCUUCUCCAAACGUCAUAAUGAAACUGUUGUGACUUCUAAGGCCAAAUUCAUUGGUAAUGAGCUAGUAGAAACCAUUAUACUUUACAAAUCAUGUAACAGUGAUACUACACAAAAAAACAAAUUCCUAACUGUUGGUGGAUUUAUUAUUCAGAAAGAUGAUGUUGACAGAUGCAGAAUCAUUGAUUUGAAAAUGUUUAACAUGGGUGGUUUUUUACAGAGCGAUUUCAUUGUAAACUUUGGAAUUAAAAAUCAUUUGAAACAGAUGGGACCCAUGUUUCGAAUGUCUUUCAACAGUUUCAACCUACUCACAAGCGAUAACGAUACCGAUCAAGAAAUAGAAUCCACUUCUCACAAGCAAGAAAAUGCUCCUUCUACUGAUGAAGAUUUCACUACUUCUGAAGAUUAUAAAGGUUUCCAAGUUUUAAAAAAGAAAAGUAAAGGAAGGAAACAUCCUUUCCGUGCAGAGAACAAGUCAGAGUCAGCUCUUAAAAACAAACUCAAGAAAGACUCUGAUUUGAAUAUGCAUCAUUCCCAAACAACUGAGAACAAGUCAGCUCUUCAAAACAGUUUACCAGAACAACUCAAGAAAGACUCUCAAUUUGUGGUAGUUGACAAGUACCUUGCCAGUGGUAAAGUGCAGUUACAUUCCAUUGUUACCAAACCAGAAAAUUUUAAAACAAUGUAUGUGAUUUAUGAUUCUAGUUGUGAUCUAGCACUUGGAGACGAGUUACAAAUUACACAAGAUUGCACAAGUUUAUCCUCCACUACCUUUACAAAAAUUAAUACAGAAGAUACUCAAGGAUGUAUUGUUUCCUCUGGUUUGCUUAUUAUGAAAGAAGGAAAGGGAUUUUUCAUGGAGAAUAAGUUUUCAUAUGGAAAAAUUACUUUUUCCUACAUGAUGAAGGAGCUAGACAAGGAUUUGACCGAAUUACCAGAUGAUAUCAAAGAAGAAUUUCAGCAUUGUGUGAAACAGUUUACCGAUGAAGAGAUCAAACAACUGAAGGGAGCCAUCAAUCUCAUCAACGAGGAUAUGCAGAAAUUCAUGAUACCACAUUUGUUCAUUGAAAAAAUAACUCGAUUUUUCACAAGAUUUAGUGAAGAUUUGCAGAGAUUAGAUACUGAGCGCGAUAUAGAUGAAGAAGGAUGUGCUUUCAAAAACUUUUCUCCUCCAAAAGGAAAGCUAGAAUCUGUAGAAAAACUCAUAAGAAAGAAAACAGAGACUUUGGAUUAUCGUAAAAAUAACAAUCUUGAUAUGAAAAUGAGAUUUAAAAUGUAUGACAUCUUAAGUGAAGAUUACAUUAAGGAUAUGAACGAUCUAUACCUUUGGAAUGCAGUUAUAGAAUGUGUAGAAGAAACCAACUCAAUUCCAACCGAUCCCAAUGACAUGCUUUCUGGAUUGAACUCAAUUGAUGUUCCACUCGUAAAUCUCAACACAAGAAUCAAAGGCAGACAAAAUCGUCUUUUAUGUAGACUAUUUAUUGUUAAUGCUGACCAUGAUUUUAGACUAAACACAAAAAUUAGAGACAAAGAGAGGAGGAAGAGAAGCGAAUAUAAAACGGAAGAAGUUUGGAUGACUAAGGAAAAUCUCCCAAAGAGCUUUUCCAAACUAGCAGAAUUAUUUCCUUAACAUAUUAACAUGGAUAUUGCAUAGAUAAUUUCCAUCAUCUUGUCUUCAGCAGCAGCACUGAUGUAUCACCUCAAGAAAUAACAAGAGAAAAGAACAAAGAAUCCGAUGACGAGGAAAUAGAAAUUG